AUGCUAAGCUCCCCCCUCCAGCUCUGCUCUCCCGCCGGUUCCAGCCCGAGUCACCGUGCCUUUCUCUCGGGCCCCUCUCCUCCCCUGCACGCCCUCGCGUUCGUGCCGGCGAGACUCGUGUCUCUCUCCACCUCGCCGUGCUCGUCUCUCGCUGCCGCUGCCUCUCUGGCGACGGUUCCCAUGCUUCUCCCCUUCCUUGCUGCCGACGAUCUUCGGGCGAGCGCCUGUCUUCGCCGCCUUCUCUUCCCCGCUGCUGCCGGACGAGAGGCGAGCGGAAUCCGCCGCUCACCCUCCUCUCCCAUUGCGCUUGCGGGCCAGACGUCCUUGCCUCCCCGCCGCGCCCCUCUUGCCGCUGGCCGCGCCUCUCUGAUGAGCUGGGCCCCUCCUCGCGUCCUUCUUCCCGCCGCCAGUGGUGGCUGGCUGCACGUGGCUUGCCCUCCCAUCCUCCCUUGUGCAUCAGCUGCCUGUCCGGCGAUCGUGCGCCGUCUUCGCCCCAGCCCCCUUGUGCCUGGCGCCAGUCGACGCCGGCAUGCACGCCCCAGUCCCACCGCUCCUGCUGACGCGACCUCUCCGCGCUCGGCGCUUCCGAUCCCAGCCGCGGGUUCCUCGCCGUCAUCUUCUCCGUUGGCGUCUUCGACCGCCCGUUCCAGGUUCGCUGCGUCCUCCUCUGCCUCUUCCUCGCCGGACGUCUCCCACGCUUCUUCCUUUUCUGCGGCCUCCCCUCCUUGGUUGGCGUCGAAUCGCUCGACGCCCUGCCAACGGCCCCUCUCAUCACGGCGGCGCUGCGCUCUUCCGGCGAGCGGAACACUCCCACAGCGCGUCGGUCUCCGCUCCCGUAUCCAUCUCCGCGAUCAUGCCCUCUUCGCCACACGUCUCCGUCCGCGCUUGCGGCGUAUCCUUCUCCACCCGCUGCCACGCUAG